AGAGUUUACGUUAUUAUUUACUGUCUAAAAUUAGAUGGUCAUGAGCACUGAUCUCCAUAUACACAGGCUGAACUUGCUAGUUCUAGUUCCACACAAACACGACAAGGAAACGAUCCUGUUCCGGCUAAAUCGGACAGCUAUCUUUUCCACAAUUGAACUUGAAGUGAUCGGAUGUGCGGCUGCAUAAAAAGGACAGAAGAGGAUGGGCAUUUUCAGUAACUGCCAGAUAUCUCUGGAUCUCGAUGCAAUCCAAGUCCCUUUCAAAAAGAAACAACUUCUUAGGAAACAGGUGACCAGCAAUGGAGGAGUCAUCUCUUAUAUACUCACCAAGAAGACCACAUAUCUCGUUGCCAGCAAUGGGCCGAAGACCGCCGACUCCUACAAGGGCCGUACGGCCCAGAAGCAAGGGGUACCGAUCGUCAGUGUGAGUUUCAUCGAGAGAUGCGUGGAGGAGGGAAAGCUGCUGGAUCAUGAUGACUUCCUGCUGGUGGGCAAGACUACAAGCAUGCAGUUCAGCUCUGGUAAAAUCACAAGUACUAAGACACAACAAGAGCCAAAGAAGCAAAUGAAAGUGUCCUCCUUCAACAUCAACAAGUUCAAGGUCUGGCCAUGGGGAAGCAUUGAUGCACCCGCUUAUCCAGAGGAAAAGUAUGAAGUUGCGAAGAGUGUUCUUCUUCAGAAAACGGACGUCAGGAGCAAAGAUCGAAUCUUCUACCAACUGGAGUUGCACGUGGUGCCCGAUGACGUCUUCAACCUCGCUAGGAGCUCGGAAGACACCGAGCCGGAGAUUGCGUACACAUUCCGGGUCUUUACUCAUCGUGGUGUACUGGACAACAUCAUGGAUGAAGACUCGGGAACAAGAGAGGUACGCUACUGCAGUACCAGCGAGGAAGCCUUAGAGCUUUACAGCUUCCUCUAUCAACAGCAACACAACAUGAGUAGGAGCAAGAAAGUGGCAUCGCGUUGGAUCGGCUCGCCCAAAUACAGACAGACCCAGCUGAGCAUCGGGGAGCACGAGGACGAUGAGAUGAGCGGAGAAGUAGCAUCCUUGGUGGCCAGUCUGUGGAAGGAGACACUUGGAGAGCUGGAAGACAUCUUAGCUGUUGACGUCAAGACGCUCACCGCGGAAAAGAUUUCCAAAGCCGAGAGUAUCCUCUUACAAAUCAGAAAGGCCUUGGAUUCCCGAAGCGAUGGGGCUGAUGACGACGAGCGAGAGAUUAGCAUUGCGGAACUGACCCAGGAGUUCUACAGUCAGAUACCUCACAAGACCCAGCAGAGGAAAGACAUCAGGACCAAGAGCCUGAUUGCCAAAAAGCAAGAGCUAUGCCAGCUUAUUAAAGAUGUUGUCAGUGUGAGCGAGACCACCAACUGGUCGCAGCGGAGCAGCGUGGAGUCCAAGUACCGAGCCCUACGAUGUCACAUCAGCUGUCUGCCGCACAACCAUCCCCAGUACUAUGAUGUGAAAAACCUGAUUGUCUCCACGCAAGGUGAGAAGCCAGUUGAGAUUCUACGCGUCUUCGCUGUGACACGCCCUCUAGAGUUGACGAGCUUUGAUGCCAAGCUGCACAACAGUCGUCUGCUGUUCCACGCGUCGCGACCGGCCAACUUUGUUGGCAUCCUGUCCAGAGGCCUUGUGCUGCCCAAGGUAGUGGUGGAUGAUUUUGGCGGGGAGAGAACCGACGCUGGCAUGCUUGGAAGCGGAAUCUACUUCGCCGAUAGCUUCAGCACCAGUGCCAAGUAUUCCCACGCCAGUCAGGCUAGGGGCACUCGCUUGAUGGCAGUCAACCAGGUUGCUCUCGGCGAGUGUUAUCAGACCACAAGCUACAAGAAAGACUUCACUGAAGCCCCUGAGGGUUUCCACAGUGUUCACGGUGUUAAGAACAACGGCACCAAUCACUCGGAUUUCAAGGACGAUGAGUUUGCAGUAUACAGCACUGCCCAGCAGCGCAUCCGCUACGUGGUUGAGUUCACGCUACCAGGCGACAAACCCAUGCUGACGACUGGUCCUAUCGGUGACAGUGAGGGCGCUGUUCAUAGCGAAGAUGACAGUGAUAGUGAAGCUAGCGAGGAGGAGGUUGACAAGAUGGGUGUCGUUGAUCUGAGUGAUGUGCAGAGCAUCGAGGAUCCACUCAGUAAAGUCCAGCCUGGUCUACUGUCCAGCAACGAUCAGCCUAUCCCACUCAAGGCUGUCCACGUAAGAGCCAGGCUAUUGGACUUGGCAGCUCAGGUUGUCGUUCUUCAAGUUUACGCCAACGACAGCGACUUCCCCAUCGAGGCCAAAUACGUCUUCCCGUUAGACGGGCAGGCGGCCGUGUGCGGCUUCGAGGCGUUCAUCAAUGACAAACACAUCGUGGGCGAAGUGAAAGAGAAAGAAACCGCCCACAAGGAGUACAAAGAGGCUAUCAGCAAGGGCCAUGGUGCCUACCUCAUGGACGAGGAAAAGCCAGACGUCUUCACCGUGAGUGUUGGAAAUCUUCCGCCAAUGACGACAGUUGUGAUCAAGAUCACGUACGUCGCUGAGCUGUCCGUCGACGGCGAUAAGAUCCUCUUCGCUCUCCCUGGGAGUGUGGCACCGUGGAGGAAAGACGCGGCCUUUGCGCAAGAAACCCAGACAGACGUCACUACGGUAAAAGUCGAUACGGACACCGAAAGGUCGUUGUCUGUACACAUUUCUGUGGAGAUGCCAUAUGACAUUCGCAGCUUGGAAUCACCAACGCAUCCCAUCAAACACAAGCAAACGGCCAGCAAAGCGACGGUCUGUCUGGCGGACGACUGCCGCGGAUUGGACGACGGCUUCCAGCUCCUGAUUGGCCUAGCCGAGAUCCACGUCCCCCGCAUGUGGGUGGAGAAACACCCGCAGGACAGUGACAGUCAGGCUUGCAUGCUGACCUUCUACCCCGAGUUCGAGGCCGAGAAGAACGACCAAUCAGAGGUGGUGUUGCUGCUGGAUUUGUCCAAUUCGAUGCGGGGAGGGAGCAUCCUACAAGAGGCCCAGAAGGUUGUGCUUCUUACGCUUCAUCAUCUGCCCAAAGAUUGGAAAUUCAACAUCGUCGUUUUUGGAACAGAUUUUGAAGAGCUGUUCCCACAGAGCCGGACCAAGACGCCCGACACCCUGAAAUCCGCCCGCAACUUCCUGCAGGGCCUCUCGGCCAGCAUGGGCAACACCGACGUCUGGCGCCCCCUACGGGCCUACUUCAUGCUCAAGUCGGGCGCUCUGCGCAACGUCUUCUUCUUCUCCGACGGGCACGUCAGUAACGAAGACGCGACAUUGGACGCGGUCCGCCGAAACUGUCGCCACACAAGGGUCUUCACAUUCGGCAUCAGUGCUACGGCAAACAAGUAUCUUCUCCGUGCCAUGUCCACAGCGGGUGCAGGAGCCUUUGAGUUCUUCGACAGCAAGAUCAAGUCCAAGUGGGAAGGCAAGGUCCAAGCCCAGUUGAGUAAGGCGUCCCAACCAGUCCUGUCCGCCGUCAGAGUCGACUGGUGCCAGUUUGACGACGACGCCCCGGAACCGGUCCAGGCGCCCAAUCACAUCACGUCGCUGUUCAGCGGUUCCCGGCAGGUGGUUUACGGCUUUGUCCCUUACUGUACCCAGGCCACGUUGCGAGCCAAUAAUGACGGCAAAGAUGUGUCUACCAUGGUAUCUACGCAUGAACUAAGCAUUACAGAGGGAAAGAUACUGCAUCAGCUGACAGCGCGCAACGUCAUCCGCGAUUGGGAGGAGGGCGCCCUCGCGACCGACCGCACCCAGCACGAAGCCAAGAAGGCCGAGCAGAAGAGCUACAUCAUCGACCUGAGCAAGAAAUAUUCCAUCGUCACCCAAUUCACUAGCUUCGUCGCUGUGGAAGUCAGAGACAAGGAGGAAGAACACAAGCCCAAGACUGGCGUGGACGUCGCAGAUCUGUUGUCGAAGGAGGAAGUGGACGCGUUAUCUUACUUGGGCUGGCAGGAGGAUAAGUCCCAUGAUGCACCAGUGCCGAUGACUCAAGAUGAUAAGGUGGCCAUGAUGGCCGACCUACUGGAAAAGGCGGAAAUGGAGGCGUCUUUCUCCGUCAUGAGAGCUGAGAGUUUGUACGAGAAAAUCCUCGAGACAGUUGAAGGCCUUCCAGUCGCAGAGUUGGAUCAACACUUGUUGGAAAAGACAGCAAAGCAACUGAAGGAUUUCUAUGGUAACGUAAAGCGUGAUGAGGACAUGUUAGACCGGGCCCGUGCAGCAGUUCAUGAUGAAGCAUUGGUCGAUUUUGCAAUGAGUGAUGAAGGAGCACUAGACGACUACCUUUGUUUUAGUCCAGCCUACAGUCCCACUUCGCCAGGAUAUUACAUGGGCGAGGCUCCUUCUUACAGUUCUGCUUUGGAUUCUUAUGCUGAGGACGACGAAAUGUGCAUGGAAUUUGAAGAAGAAGGUGAACGAUUUAGAAGAGGAUUUGACGCUGGCGAGGAGAAAUAUGCCAUGAUGGAAGAUUGUUAUGAAGCAAUGGAGAUACGUGCCGUAGAUGCGAAAUCAGAUGCUGACGACUGGGAAGAUGACGACGACUAUGAUUCUGACAGUGAAGUAUCGGAGAAUGAUCUACUGGAGUUCCUGGAGGAACAGGAGAAACUUGAUGAACAGCUACUUUCAUCGAUGCCGCCACGCACCAGAGUCAGAGGCAAGGCUAGAGGCGGUAAGAUGAUGUUUGGAGAAAAGAAGGCGGAGGGAUUACUUUCUCGAGAUGUUGAUUUGGCUCCGGAUCAGUCGGUAAAGAAGACAGAAGAGGAGUAUGAAAAACCAAAAGAGAGGGCAAUUAUGUGGGGCAGUGCACAGCGCCAUCGGCGACGUGAAAUUCCAGAUGAGGAAUUGAAAUUACAGGGCAAUACUGAUGGGAUCACCUUUGCAGAGCCUGCUGAUAGCUCACUUGCCGAAAGAAGUCCACAUCGUUUUCCAUCACCAGCCACAGGGUUUGCAUUCUCUGCGCCUUCACCUGCGUCGCAGGCCGCUCAUCCUGCACUUCAGGCCGGUGAUCCCGCCGUCGCUGAGGCCUUGUCCUCAAGCUCUGUAAGCACUGGUUUCUUUACAUCCACAGCACCUCGACAGGCUCGUGCCUCUAAGUUUAAAUCGAUGCUACCUCCUGCCAGACUUUAUAAAGCAAAAGGAGUCUCACUUCAGGGAGAAGCCCCCACUGGAGGUCUGUUUGGAGGACCUUCUCUUCGCUCUGGCUUUGAUGAGGGACUGACCCUAGGUCAUCAACCCCCACUGGAAGCUGGUGUUCCAAAGCCUCAAACAGUAACCGGGUUUGGGGGAACUUCCGUAGCCCCUUCUUAUGGUAGAGUGUUUGGUGCCCCUUUUUCUGGUGGUAUGUUUGGAGGACCUUCCCUUCCCUCUGGCUUUGUUGAGGGACGGUCCCUGGGUCGUCAACCGCCACCGGAAGCUGGUAUUCCAGAGCGUCAAGCAACAGUCGGGUUUGGGGGAACUUCCCCAGCCCCUUCUUCUGGUGGACUGUUUGGAGCCCCUUUUUCUGGUGGUCUAUUUGGAGGACCUUCCCUUCACUCUGGCUUUGAUGAGGGACAAACCCUAGGUCGUCAACCGCCAUCGGAAGCUAGUAUUCCAGAGUUUCAAACACAGUCUGGUGGUCUGUUUGGGAGACCUUCCCUUCACUCUCGCUUUGAUGAGGAACGCCCCCGGGGUCUUCAAACCCGACUGAGAGCUGGUAUUCGAGGACAUGGUGAAACAACACUGAGCGACAAUCUGUUGGAGGAAACUUCCGAAUCCCCUUCGUCUGGUGGUCUGUUCGGCGAACCCGUGGUACCCCCGGUUGGUCAAAGGCCAAUACCAGCAUUUCGCAAGCAAAUACCAACCACUAGCAUGCUUAAGGGAUCUCCCAAGCCCAAGUCUGAUGCUGGAGUGGCACCAAUUCAACCCCCAUGCCGAGAAGCCAGAAAAUCUGCCCCUCAAGAGCCAGCCAAGGGCGAUUUGCUCUCUAAACCCCCAGAAGAAGCAGCUAUGCCUGAAUCAUUCAAGUCAAACUCUAAAGGAACCGUAGGAUUUUCCGACAGAAAGCCACAACAAAUCCGCCUUGAAGCAGGAGGAGUUUCUUCAGGGUUUAGUUUUGGAAGUGUCCCACAGCAGCAACAAACGGCUGGCGAGUUUGCGUCCACAAGAAAAAAGGAUCUGUCAAAGCUACUUGGGAUCUUACAGCCAGAGCAAACAGAACCCAUUUUGCAUGCACGGUCCAUGGCAUGGCCAAUGCAAGCCGCUAAUUCUCCUGCUAGGUUAACCGCUGCCCCGCCCCGUCGCUUUGCUGCCACUGCAGCACCAUCCCCACCGCCUUCCCGUAACGCUGAGGUCAGUACAUAUUCUGCAUCACCACCACCUCCUCCAACUGCCUUCUUUGCGGGGAUACCCCCUCCCCCACCACCCGCCCAUGAUGGUAUAGCGCCCGGACAGCCCCCACUUCCUCUGGACAUGAUGAGACGCACAAUUCAAGAGGCUUUGGAGCGGUUUUCCAGUCCGUCUGGGCGGCCUCCCCCUCUGCCACAUGCAGGAGCAUCAAGCUUAGGGGGAUUGUCUGGAAAAGCAACCCCCGCGACAUUGGGUCAAGUACGACAGAGGCAAGAAAUGGCUGACGAUUUUGCGUCCACUAAAGUGUCUGCGUCAGCAGGACAGACCUCUGUCACCUCUGGUCUGUUUGGGAGCUUACAGUCACAGCAAUCAGAAACCACAUUGCAUGCACAGUCAUUGGCAUUGCCAAUGCAAGCCACCAGUCAGUCCGCUGGGUCACCCCCUCCUGUCCCGCCCUGUCCUCGUCUUCCCCUGCCCCGUCGUCCACCCCCACGGCUUCCCUUUAGACCUAGACCACGUGAUUUAUAUGAUGAAUCACCACCACCCCCUCCACCUGCCCGUUCAAGGAUGCCCCCUCCCCUUCCCCCACCACUUCCUGGUAAAGAAAAAGCACCCCGACAACUAGGAAAGGGAAUUCAAGAGCCUCAGCUUGGACAGCCUGCUGCUGCGCCUCUGCCACGUGCAAGACAUUUUAAUACAAAAAGUUACUCGGCACUACUCGGGCUUGAGAGUACGGCUGAAAUACCAGAUCACGCAAGGGUUUCGAGAAGCAGCAAUAAAGAAAGCUCAACACCCGUGGAGAGUAACAAAGUUAGAAUAAGACAGGAGCUCUCGUCAGACAUGCGGAGAAACCUGAAGAAAGAUGCAGCCGAAGUUCCGCCACAGUUUUUCGAUACUAUAAUGGCGUUCGGGAGUGAUGAUGCUGAGGAGACAUAUACAUGUAUGGCUGCCGAUGAGAGUCAUAAGCCAAGUGAUGAAGGAUAUGCUCCUGCAAAAGUCCGGGGAAGUUUGAAGAAGAAAAAGAAGAAAGCAUUUUUUGCCGUGUCAGAGGACCGUGGUAAAGAUGUUGACGAGGAGCAGAUCGGUAAAGAAACUGAGGAAAUCCCAAGUCUCCAAAAGGCUUCCCUGAUUCAAGAUGCCAGAAGCCAACCGGUUGUAGAGCUCUGCCGUAUGUCUCCAAAGAUGAGACCUAGAGGCAUAGGGCCUAAAGUCAGUCCAAAGCCUCCACCACUUAGCCACACUAAGGACAUCGUCAGUGAUUUGUUGGGUGAGAUAGAGAUAAGCACAGCCAUCAGUGCACCACUGGGCUUUGGCACAACAGAGUCAAAAUUCCGAAAGCAUAAUGGAGAUUUCAGUCUCGAGGCUAUCAUAAAACUUCUGAAACAUCAGAAUGAGGACGGAUCAUGGGAGUUGUUCAUGGGCAUCAAAGAGCACGUCGGAGUUAGACUGAAGCCGGUCAAGAACAUGCUGAAAGAAGCUGGCGUGAAUUCACUCGGCGAAGACGUUGCCUUGAAGAUCCAGAAGCUGGUGGCCACCUAUCUGGUCAUCCUGUACCUGAACCACUUCUUGGCACAGUCGCCAACGAUGAGCAGGCAGGAGAGAGAACGGAUCACCCAGGCCGUUCUGAAUGCGGAGAGGUUCGUCAGUCAGGCUGAGGCGGAGUAUCCAUCCCUGGCACGUCGCCUGGAGCUCGGAAGCAGCUGGGACGAUGUCUGCCAGGACAUCUUCAAGAUGAUGUAACUCCUUAUGUAGUGCAGAGAGUCUAAGAUCCCAGAAAUGUUAAAAAGGAUUGCAGAAAUGUUAACCAAAUUUGUUUUGAUAUCUAACGUAGACAUGUAUAUCACCACAUAAGAUCAAACCACUGUUUUCUUAAAAACUUUUAGCUGGCGUUGUUUACAAAAAAUCUCAAAAACUAUAAAAUAUUUAAAUUACCAUUUAAUCAGAUGUUAUACCAAAAUUAACUGGUAUCGGUUUUUGUUUAGUUACAAACACUUUACAUCCUAAUUUGUUGGGUUUUAGCCAAAAUUUCAAAAAUGUGAUUCGAUUGAAAUUUAUUUCAUUUUUCUUUUAGUUUAAACGUCUGAGAAUGGUGUGUAAUGUUUACUUCAAAUUAAUCAUGUAUAAUUGAAGUUACAUGUAUGUUUGGGAUUCAAGAUAUAAGCAGUAUAUGUUUCCAUCUGAAGAAAUUGUGUUACUGAUUGAUCUGUGUUAUACUAGAAGCUAACACGACCCUGUUGCAAACUCCAGACAUUGGGGUGUGGGGGCACACCUCGAAACAAAACACAUGAUGCUUAUGGUUUUUGCCAUUGGGAAUUGCUUGCCUGGUGAAUGAUCACUGGCUACAUGUUAUAGUGGGAUAAUAGUUAAUACAGCCCUUGAAGAAAAGACAUUGACAAAUUGGGGUACCGCCAACAUAGGGCUGGAUAGCUCAGUUGGUAGGGCACUGGAACGGCAAUUCGGAGGUCGCAUGUUUUAACCCUUUCCAGUCAAUUUCUUUGAUCGAUUUUCAUUGUUUUCGUUUCACGGUUCAACUUUUCUCGGCAUUCUUUUGUAGCAUGUUAAUGAAUAUGGGAAAAAUGCACUUUCUUUAUAUACUGUAUAUAUAUUUUUUCUUUCUUUUAUAUACUGAAAUAUGCGGAGGAGAAGUUUGUGUGUCGAAUGCCGGUUGGCAGAAAAUGUAACAGACUUAACCGAUAACUUGCCUGUUUACAAACCACGAAAAUGAAUGUGUAAAUUUAACAAAAUGUAAUAAAACUAGAAAAAGUGUAUAAUUUCAAUACUUUAUACAACAUUACUAAUUUAGUAUUAUAACCAUUAUAAAUCAUUAUAGCAGUUUACCAGUUUAUUUAAAGAAAUAUUUCUUAAUGUUUACAAUGUUAAAAAAAAAAAUUAGUCAAACCUAAAACGGUGUUCUCAAACUUCCGAAAUGUGUGUGGCACCCACUAAUUAAAAUGGCGGCGCCCGUGUUAAUUGCCAUUCAGUUCAAGUAGUGCAAGGGCGGAUCGGGGGGGGGGGGGGUA